CUCUCAGUCCCCUCUUGGACAGAGAGCGCAAGAGAGGCUGCCCGGAUGGCUUGAGGUAGGUGGUGAGUGACCAUGGCAGAAGCCAUCUCUGCUGACUAAGGAAACGAGGAACAUCACUGAAGGACCUUGAAGAUCUCUGCAUUUCAAAGAGGGUGAACACUUUGGAGCAAUUUUUGUCAAGCUAUCUGUUUUAUAAAACAGAUGGGAUCUGGUUCUAUUAAACCUUUCUUCUUGAAAAUGCACUGAAUCAGAGGCUGUGCCUAAUAUGGCUGAUUCUGACCUUAACCUCUACUGGAAUGGAUCCCAAUGCAUGACGUGGUUACCAUGGUGAUUAUCCUAGCUGCAACUCUGGAAAACAAAGGUGCUGAUUCCCUAACAUGCAGGGCUGAGCUGUACACUCGAAAGAAGAUGAGUCAAGGACCCACUCUUUUCUCUUGUGGAAUUAUGGAAAAUGACCGAUGGAGAGAUCUCAGCAGGAAAUGUCCUCUUCAAAUCGAGCAGCAAAGCACCAGCAUUUGGGACUGUCUUCCUGACAAAAGUGAAGAAAGCCCCAUAUGGCAAAAACAAACAGCUAGUGCAUCCUCAGUGACCAACUUAAUCAAAGACCUCAGCCUCAAUGACCGGAAUGGCAACCCAUCAGCACCUCCCAGCAAACGCCAAUGCAGGUCACUCUCUUUUUCUGAUGAGAUGUCUAGCUGCAGGGCUUCAUGGAGGCCUAUAGGAUCGAAGGUCUGGACUCCUGUAGAAAAGCGACGGUGUUACAGUGGGGGAAGUGUCCAGCGCUACUCAAAUGGAUUCUCAACCAUGCAGAGGAGUUCAAGCUUUAGCCUUCCUUCCAGGUCGAACACUCUUUCCUCACCCUAUGACCAAUCUGGAUUUAGCAAUAGAUUUGGAUGUCAGCCAUGCCAAGGAAUGAGGAGGUCAGCCACUUGUGGACAGACAAGUGACAUCUGGGGCAACGAUCACAGUUCUGUAGAGAGUGGCCGAGUUGACAUUCAGCGGUCACUGUCUUGUUCCCAUGAUCAGAUAUCCUUUUCGGAAUAUUGUCUGCCCUCAGCAAACAGCACACCCACUUCAACGCCAGAGAUGACAAGGCGCUCUAAUGGGCUUUCCCGAAGCCGGUCUCAACCAUGUGUCCUUAAUGACAAGAAAGUUGGAAUUAAACGACGGCGGCCUGAAGAGGUGAAGGAACAAAGGCCUUCGCUGGACCUUGCCAAGAUGACCCAGAAUUGUCAAACUUUUAACAGCCUUAGCUGCCUUAGCACCACAGUGGAUGACUGCUCUCUGCAAGAUCAGUUCUCCCCUGGCAUCAGCAGCACCAAAUCAUGGAAGACGACGUCUCUUUGCACCUUGGAUGUCAAUCCAGGCAGGACACCAGCCUGCACCCCUGUGCCAGAGCCUCACUCAAAUGCAGAAGAAUGUAAAGCUAGCAAAGAAGAUGAUUUCUCCUACGAAGAGUCAGAAUAUUGUGCCACAGAAGACGAGAGCAGUAGGAAAGAAGAUGAAAACUCCUCAUGGAGGAACAGUGGGACAGGAGGGGAUAAUGUCUUUCAUUUGGAUGGUGAAUUAGACAUUGAGCAAAUAGAAAACAACUGAGAACGCAAAAUGGAGGCUCUGUCUGCAUCAAAGCUUUUAGGAGUGGUAAAAUUUCACAGAUGCUAAUGUAGGCAGAGAAGAAAAUCCACAAUCUCCUUCUCCUUGGCAGGUGGGAGAGGACAAGAAGCUUUGCCAAAAUUUCAUCAGGUAUCUUGUUAAACCUUGAAACUUUUUAGAACUACUGUAGUCCAGGAAGUUUUGCAAACAAGCUUUAGAGAAUUCAUCCAAAUUACAUCAUAUUAAAAAAAAGAAGCUUUGCAGAUGUAUCAAAACUUGAAAUUGUGGGACGUUGGAAUAAGAGCAACAAAAUUUGUGUUUGGAACAGGUCUUAAGGAAAAAAGGAAUGGCCAGAACAUCAAGUGCUGGUUCUCAUUCACAAAUUAGAUAACAAGUCUUCUAGGAGGGCCAGCAGGGUCACCCUCUGUCUCACUGGAAUCUUGAUCCACUUUGGCUUUUGACUUGGAAAAUCAAGAUUUUUGCCCUCAUUUUUGGCUGAUUUUAAUUCUAAACUACAUCGCAGGUAUCCUUAGUAAAGGAAAGAAAGAUGUAGGUUACCCAUUUUAUCUGAAUUGAUUUUCUAUUGGAUUAUUUUUCAGAUUACAUCCAGUUCUCACAAACCAGACUUGGCAGUCUUGCACUAUAGUGUCAAAUUCCUAGGAGUCAUGAUAACCUGCUAGUUCUGUAGUCAUCAUCGGGAUAUGAAAAGAUAGCACAAUGCAUUUACUCUUAAGUAUGAGAGCUAUACGCAUAAGGAGGCUUACACAUUUAUAGCCGAUAUGGAUAUGAGUGCAUAACCAGAUUUGUAUCAUUGCUCUUCCAGUGUUCACUGAACUGGUUGAAUGUGAUGAUGCAGAUGGAGAUGUGCACCCCCACCCCAUUCAAGGCCUCUUUGUUGUAUAAAUAAUUGUAUGCAACUAGAGCUGGAUCAAGGCCAUUGACUGGGGAGGGGGCAGGAAUCCCAAACAUUAAUACAUCUGAAAUUUAAAUAAAUGGCAGUGCCAUAUCCCUAAGGUGAAACAUAGUUGGGUCACAUAAUGUGAGAGAAUACAUCAGAAUAGCAAAGGGUUAGUCAGCAGUGGAGGUUCUUAAGAUUAGUGCUCUGAAAAUCUGAAAAGGAUCAUAAAUGCAUUGUUUCUCUCUGGAGAAGACAGCAUAUGGUCUCCUAACUGCAUUUUGUACAGCCUGUCACUCCCAUCUGGCAACAGACAUCUAGCAAACUACAUUCACCUCCAGAAAUGACUAAGGGUGACUCCUCAUUUUGCAUGUAUGACAUAAUGUUGGGAUCAUUCUCACCUCCUAGGCCUGGAAAGGCAAAAAUGGUCAUACUGAGUAGGCAGGCACAUCACUGCAUCACUUUCAGGGCUUGGCAGCAGCAGAGAAAUGAAACAGCAACAUAUAUGCAACAGUGCUGUUACUAUAGAUGCCAGUUAUGGGGCCUGGAUACCUUGUGCACAACAACAUAAAUGACCCUCCCACCCCUUGGAAGAUAUGGUUAAAUGUGUUCCUAAAAGCAAGAAAGGUUUCUGUUAUCUAAGUUCCUAUAGGUGUUUUUAUAUCAGGAAUAUCCCUGUUCAUUCUCUCAAAACUUGCCUGGUCCUGGUUUCCAAGCAGUAGGGUUGUAUAUGCUUUGUAUUUACAAAACCUUCAGAUUUUUGCACUAAAAUAACCCAAACAUUGCAUCCUGUAUAAACUAAGCAUGUUUGCAUAUAUUUUCUUUCUGUGAUAAUUUAUUCUGCUUUUGAUAAUCAUGGGGAGUGGAGCAUUACUGAAAUUCUACCCCCUAAAUGAUGGGAAUUCUACCCAGUCCAUGUACCCCAUCUAUGAUGUCACAAGGAUCCUUGAGAGGCUGCAUUCUGUGCCCAUUACCAAUCGCAGAAUGCAUAUGGCCCUUUUGGCACAGAUCCCCUUUUGUACCGAUGCUGGACAGUCCUGCUGCUGAAUGUUCUCCUGGCACCAGUGCAGAUCAUUAAACAAAAAGAAGAACUUUUCUCAGAAAAUUAUAGAAGAUCUGUAGUUGUCACAAACAAAUUCAUACAUAAAUGGCAACGUAUUCCACAUAAGUAGAGAGAGGAGGCCACUGAUGAAAUCUAAAAACAAAUGCUGAACUGAACUUCACUUAGUAUUUGGAAGGAUGUGUUGUGCCUCUGAACAGAGACAUGGGGAAAUGGCCCAGCUACAGAGUCUGAUACAAAAUGCAGUUUGAGAUAUUGGUGAUCAGGCAGCCAUACUCCAGAGACUCACUGAUUAUGGUGAACAAUAAUUGUAUCAUUUUAGCACACAUAACUCAGAUAAAUAAGCUGUUCACUUAUCUAUAUGGAAACAAAUGUUUUGUUUACCAGCAGACAAAAAAGAAAACAGGAAGGUAGAAAUGGAAUGUUAAUGGCACCAUUUUAUUACUGCACUUUUUUCUGCAGUGGUAUAGAUGCUUUUGUCAUUUAAUACCACAGUAGAUUCCUUCCAAGCUGUAGCUUUACAAAUAUCCAGACAAACUGCACAGGUUUUUUAAUUUGUUUGUUGACUUCUGCUAUUUCUUUCCUGUCCAAUGCUCUCAUACUGCGCAAAGCCAAAAAAUAGUAACAAGUAGAGAAAGAAGGGAUGGUUUAGUACUGAAUACCCUGGGCUAUGCAUUUUGGUGCCAGAAACCUGUCUAUAGGUUUGAUACUCUCCACGAGGGCAUCUCUUUACAUGCUCACCCAGUUUGUUGAGAACAUGCCAAGUUAUAGCUGCUGGUGGUUUCACGGGCUAGCAGAGCAGGCAGUCUCCUAAUAUUGCUCAUUAAGGUUACCAGGUCCUGAUCUGACUUCUUAGCCUUAUGUGGAAGGGAACAUGUUUGGCUGGUUCAGCACAUUGAAACAGGAUGCUCUUCCUUCUUAGUUAGUCUCUACUAGGAAAGUGUUAAGGCAGUCUGUGAGCUUGGACACCGGGGCUUUGCUGCUGCUUUCUACCCUGCCAUCUGUCCCAAGGAAUCGGAUUCCCCUUUUGGGGAGAAGGGAAAGGUGUUGUACUGUGAUGAGUGACAGAGCAGUUGGAGGAUAUCAUGGAGCUGGCUUAGGACUAUGGGAAAGGUGAUGUGUGUGACAUUCAGGUCCUUCUUUUCCCUUACAGCCAGAAUGCGGCUGAUACAAAUAGGCUGAUUCACACCAUCCUCUUUAGUGUUUUGUUUUGACACCACCUGUGCUCCAGUUUUGUUCAUGAUGUAGUGCUCAUCUGAACUUUUAAAUAAGGUAAAAAUCACUGAUGAGUUCAUGUUGAGCAGAGGCAAAACAUCAUUCAUGUCAGUGAUCUGAGCUAAAGCUAGGGUAAAAAUUACAGUGGUAGAUCAGAUCAGCCCAUAUCUAAAUGGACCAUGUGAACAGAACACAGCAUGGUUUUUAGGUUAUAUGGGGAUGCUUUGAACAUGUCAGACUGGGUGUGCAGGAAUGCACACUGUCUUACUAUUUAAACCAAGUAUUGGUUGGUUGCACAACAUCUGUUCCACCUUGCAUGGAUAAUAACUUAAAUGGCAUAGUAAAAAUUACCUGUUUGACAGAAGUUACGUACAUCAAAUGAUGGUUGAUCAGCCUAUUAGGAUAUGAGACCCUUUUUUAGAUCUAGUAAAAGCUGCAGCCAAUAUGAUAUUGGACAAGGUUCUGAUGGCAUAUUGCUUAACAAAUACUCUCUCUGGCAGUUUCUAUGGUCACAGGUCUGUUAACCAUGUCACACAGAAUGUUAGAACCACAUUUCUGGUUUUUGUUUAAACUUGUAUUGCUCUAAGGCAGUGCUCAUUGUCUGUCUUCUUCUAGUUACUUUCUUUUUACCUCCGUGUAGCUCUAAGUCGUCAUGAUAUAACGUUGCUGUAACUGGGCAGGUGAAAUAGACGCCAACACUCCCUGUUUCUUUUCCAUGUGUUGAUUGUUCCAGGAAUGACAAGCCUUUCCCCCAGCUUGGACUAAGAAGGCCCUGUUCCUAAAUGUCACCUCUAAUCAAAGAAAUAAACAACCUUCUAGUGUACAUAAAGAUGUCACAUGCAUCCCUUUAACCCUCUUACAGACAGUUCCUGAUCAUACAUCUGAAUGUGGGCUUGCCAGUGUAGAGCACAUCUUGUCUGGUUGCAUUGUGCUUCACAAGAAGGAAUAUAAAUUCCUUGUGCUGGCUUAUGUGCAGCUUGAUUUAUGGAAUAUCACUUUCCCUUUGGUGACAUAAAGAAGGCAUUUUCAUAUUGUGAACUUUAAACUUAAAAGGGCUUUUUAAAAAAAGAAGAAAAAAAAGAAAAAGGGCUGCUACCUACAACUAGCUAAAUAUAUAUCGAGUAGGAAAGUGCCCCAAAGGACCACUACCCAACUCUCCUAGCUGUAGAGUAGUGUUUACAUGGCAGCAAACCCUCUUUGCCUUAGUAAAGAUGCUUCAGUAAACAAUGGCCUUACAUUGGGGCACAUCACAAUAUACAGCCAAGGCAGCAUUUUGUUGGGUUUGAUUUUAUUUGUUUGGAUUUUGGUUUUGUAUGAUUUGUGUACCGAAACUGAGUUUUAAAAGCCUUACUUUUUAUUUUUUUUAAUAGAAAUAAAAUUUUGUGGGUUUAUGAAUGAAUAUAUAUAUGUGUGUGUGUUUGUGUGUAUGUAUAUAUGCACACUUACACAUGCAACCUGAAAUAUAGUACGUGCCUCAUAUUCAGGGGACAGUCUGUUGAUUCUAACAGCAUUGUAUGUGUGUUCUCUAUAAAACAACAGAAGCUCAGCUGGAUCAUUGGUUGCCGGCACCAGCUGAAGUCACUAGAGCCCUCUAGUAGGGAUUUCUGGACUCAUGCUGGAUCUAUCCAAUACUAUACAGGUAACUUUGGGAUUCACUCAGACUGCAGACCGCUGCCAUGUGGAUACAGCAACCUUUCACUGAAGUUCUCUAUGGACAAAUAUUUUUUUCUUUGAUACAUAGUAAAGUCAAAGCAGCAGGGAGACAGGCAGUGGGCUCAUUUGGAGCCAGGAUCAUUUUGGACUGUGGAUGCUUCUUUGAUGACAGCAAUAAAUGUCAGCAUUCAAUCCCCCUUUUUAAAUGUUCUAAAUGCAACAUUUUUUUUAAAAAAAAACUAUUAGCAGUGGUGAAUAUGCGAACAGGGAAUAUGCCAUGCACCUGCAGUCAUUGGGCUUUAGUUUCAUGAAAUAUUAAGAUACAUCUUCACACAGUGGAGAAUGAACUGGGGGCAAAGCAACAUAUUUCUGGAGUUGAUUGUAACUUUUCACAGAGUAGCCUAGCCUUUGGCUGAUAACAUUGUGGUUCAAGUACACUGUCAGAAAUCUUUAUUGAACAGGACAAGGGGACAUUUGUAGGGUUUGUAGCAGUGUUUUGCAGUGUUUAUGUUUUUUAAUGUUAAAGAAUCAAAACAUGAUGAUGGCCAAAAAGCCUUUUGGGAAACCAUGAACUCUGGUAGUGUUUGUGUGUGCGCGUGCAUGCACGCAGACGUGUAUGCGCGCAUGUGAGCGUGCGUCUCUUUCUCUGUCUAUGGUAAUUGCACAGACGCAAAUAUAUUGAUAUGUAUACAAAGUCAGCUCUGUAGUUGGUGUUACAUUUGUUCAAACUCAGCUAUUACUGAGGACUGUUCCUUGACCUGAAAAUUAAGAAGACUGCUGAUUUGUACUCUCUCAAAAUGACUUUAUUGCACUAUAGAGCAGCUCAGUCUCAGGAAUUUACUUGUUACUUUGACUGUGUAAAUAAAGCUUUCUGAUUCUGUAACCUG